AUGAGCGGGAAUGGCGCGAGGCGCCAGGGGAGCGCGGAUGCGGGCGGUUCGGCGGGCGAAAUGCCUGAGAAUGAUGCGAGGCGCCGCGGGGGUGCAGAUGCAGAUCGCUCGCCAGCCAGGCUGCGCAGAAGUAAUGCAAGGCACGACGAAGGCAAGGAGGCUAAGCGCGCGCCAGAAGCCAGCCGUGAGGAAGAAAGGAGGCGAGACGUGCAGGCGGGAGUGUAUGGCUCGCCUGAGCCGAGACGCGGACAUGAGCGCAGGAGGCGCAUGGCGUUGGGCGGAUGGCGAUCACCAGAGCAGGGGGGAGAGGAAAGUGAGGACGACCGCGAUAGGAGGCGCGCGCAGCGCUCGCCUGCACGGCAACGGACGGAGGAGAGGGAAGCACGUGUCAAGGGCAGUGAGUGUUCGUCGCAGUACGCCACGGGUGCAGGUGCGAGAGCGCGCCGUGAAGAAAUAGAAGAGUAUCCGUGCGCGGGAGCAGGGUUGGUGCAGGAACCUGUCGGAGAGGCAAGGGGGAGGCAGGAGAGAAAGAUAAACGGGAGAAAGAGUGAGGAAGAGCGCUGCCGGCGAGAGGUGUCCCCUGGGAAGGACCCGGGAAGUGACAAAGGAAGAAGAAGAGAGGAUCAUGGGCGCCGAGGAGCAGGCGGACGAGGGAGACGCGAUGAAGGAGAGUCCCUUGAGAGGAAGGAGGGGAGAGAGAAGACGAGAAGGAGUGGUGAGGAGCUGCGUGAAGAGAAGGAACAUGAGUAUAGCGAAGAGGAGGACGAUGGGUAUAAUCUGGAGCGGCGCCGACGCAGGAAGCAGGAGCGGCGCGAGAAGGAACCAUCCUGUGGAGGAAAGGAGGAGUAUACGGGAAGGCAAGAGGGGCGUAGGGAGUACAAUGUGGAGGUGAGGGAGAAGCAAGACGACAAGGUGCAGAAAAGGAGAGGAGAGAAGCAGAGUAGGCGACGGGUGAUGAUGCCUGCGAAUGACUCAGAGAACGAGGAAGGAGAGCGUGACAGACCUGCACGCCACGGGUCGGGCCGUAGGGAGGGGCGCUGGGAAGAAUAUUACCCCGAAAAGAGGGAGAGAUCAGGGAACGUGCGAAGGAAGCAAGUGAGUGAGGUGGGGGCAUGGGCGUGCAUGUUAGUAACGCCAGCAGCAGCGGAAGUAGAGGAGAAGGAUGAGAAAGUGGGGGCAGGAGCGUGUGUACCAGCAACAGCGGAAGCAGAGGAAAAGGAUGAGCAGGUGGGGGCAAGAGCAUGUGUACCAGCAGCAGCGGAAGCGGAAGUGGGGGAUGAAGGGGUGGAGGCACGGGCAUGUGUGGUGGCAGCAGCGGAAGAGGAAGGGAAAGAAGAGAAGGUGGGGACACAGGCGUGUGUAGCAGCAGCAGCGGAAGAGGAAGGGAAAGAAGAGAAGGUGGGGGCACAGGCGUGUGUAGCAGCAGCAGCAGAAGAGGAAGGGAAAGAAGAGAAGGUGGGGGCACAGGCGCGUGUAGUGGCAGCAGCGGUAGCAGAAGGGAAAGCCGAGAAAAGGGGGGCAUGGGCGUGCGCACCAGCAGCCGCAGAAGCGGGAGGAAAAAACGAGAAGGUGGGGGCACGGGCACGUGUACUAAAGGCAGAGAAGCAAGCGCAGGAAAGUGGGAUGGCGGAGCAGCAAGUGAGGAAGCUGUGGGAAGAACAUCCAGAGCUGAAGGGGGAAGAAAUGGGAAAAGAAGCCAUGAGAGGACCCGAGGCGGAUGUGAGGAGCAUACCAGCAGAGGCGGCGUGUAACCAGGGGCAAGGUGACCUAUGGGUCGCUCGAUGGGAAGGUCCGGUGAGGGACCCGGCCAAGAAGCAGGAAGAAGCAGCGAGGGAGAGCAAGGAAGAGGGGGCAUGGGAGUGCCUGACAACAGGAGAAGGACUGGAGCAUACAGUGGGAGAUGCGAUGAGUAAGAAAGAACAAAAGGCCGUGAAGACAGUAAAGGGGAUUAAGGGAGAGACAUGGGAAGAUGAGUCGAUGGAGCCAGCAACACAGGGACUUGCGAGGCGCAGAGUGGGACAAGUUCAAGGGCGAGCCCUGGGCAAUCUGAAAGGCCAAUCCUAA